AUGGCCAACCUCUCGCUCUACACGGUCACUGCGCUGCUCAUCCUCGACAGCGAGGGCAACCGCGUGGUCGCAAAGUACUAUGCUCCCCCACACCAGACCUCUGCCGAGACUGGCAUCGUCGCCGAGCUUGGCGCCGGACCCGGUGGACCAGGAAUGUCUGGACUGCACACCUACAAGGAGCAGCGGGCGUUUGAGAAGAGCGUGUUUGAGAAGACUAGGCGAGGAGCUGGCGACAUCCACCCUCUCCCUCCUCACCUGAUCCUCUCGCGCGCCUCGACCGACCUGCACUUCCACGUCGUUGGGCCCCUGGCCACCUCGAACGAGCUCAUGCUCCAGUCUGCGCUCACCGCUUUCCACGACUCGGUCUCUCUCCUCCUCCGCGGUCAGAUUGAGAAGCGCAACGUCCUCGAGAGCCUCGACUUGGUCCUCCUUGCCGCGGACGAGACUAUUGAUGAUGGUCUCGACGGUUCUGGCUCUAUCAGCCUUCGUGAAAGAUGGAGCCACGCAUCUAGGUCUCAAAAUCCCACCUCCCCCGCCUCCAGCCAACGAUCAAGGACUGACUCCUCCAGAAUCAUCCUCGAGACCGACGCCGCUGCCAUCGCCGGCCGCGUCACCCGUCCCAAGCCCGACACCACCGACAUUGUGAUCAACGAGCAGACCCUGCUCAAUGCCUACUCCACUUUCAAGGAGCGCGUCACUCAGCGCAUCAACCAGCUCUAG